AGCAAAACCCGAAACCUUCAAAAAGGCUCGAAACCGGCGCGAAAUCGCGAAACCCUAGAUCUCUCGAAGCUCUCGAUUUGAUCAACAAUGGCGAAGGAGUUCAACGUUCCGCCGGUGGUCUUCCAGUCCUCCGGCGCCACACCUGCCGCCGUUGCCCACCAGCGCCACACCUCUUCGGCCCCUGCCUUCAAACCCUCCUCCAUGCUUCCUUUCAUGCCUUUCGAUCUCAGCUCUGCCCCCGCCUCCUCCUCCUUCUCCACCCCGGCUGCUCACUCCUUUAAUGUUCCCGCUUACCCAUCCAUCUCCGGCUCCGGCUCCGGCUCCGGCUCCGGCUUCUUCUCCUCCUUCGACGAGGAACCCCCUCUCCUCGAAGAGCUCGGCAUCAAUACCCGCCAGAUCUGGCUGAAGAUCACCUCCAUCCUCAACCCUUUCCGUGUAAACCCCAUCCUCCACGAGGACGCUGACCUCUCCGGCCCUUUCCUUUCCCUCAUGGCCUUCGGCCUCUUCCAGCUCCUCGCUGGAAAGUUCCAUUUCGGUAUCAUCCUUGGCUGGGUCACUGUCGCCUCCCUUUUCCUCUACGGCGUUUUCAACAUGCUCGCCGGCCGCUAUGGUAAUCUAGAUCUAUACCGAUGCUUGAGUUUGGUUGGCUAUUGUAUGAUCCCGAUGGUGAUUUUCUCCGCGGUGUCCCUUUUCAUGCCGCAUAGCGGAGUUCCGAUCUUCGUCGUUGGAGCUGUUUUCGUGCUUUGGUCCACAAGGGUUUGCACGCGGCUUUUGAUCGAAUUGGCUUCGUGCGGAGACGAGCAUCGCUGGUUGAUAGCGUACGCUUGCUGGCUUGUUUACUUGCUUUUCGCUCUGCUCGUGAUCUUCUGAUUCGUUGGCGUGGGAGAACUAUUUGGUUUGCUCAAGGAUUGGAGGGCCGGCUUCAGGAAUUUUUCUCUGGCAUUUUGGACUCUGUAUAAUCUUCUCAUUUCCUUCAUUUGUGUUAGUUCAACAUCAUAUAUUCCACAGUACCUUUAGAAAUUACACACCCACACAUCUCUAAUAUACACUCUUUUAGACCUUGUAGAAAGGGCUGUGUGGUGAUUAUUCUUUGUAGAAAUUAUUCUUUAGAGGAGUUGAUGUGUUCAUUAUAUAAAUUAUCCUAAUUUGUUUGAUUUCUCCA